AUGGCAGAGGCAAUUCAGAACACCAACGUUUUCUCUUCCUCAAAGAAGAGGAUGAAUCCCGACGACUCAAAUCAGGACGAUGAUAUCAUCGCCAAGAAACUACCAACAAAGCCGACAUGGGAAGACCCUGUUAUGGCGUUGGCAAAUGCUCGCCAUGAAUUUGAGCUUUCCAGGAUUGCCCAUGAGAAAGGUGUGAUGGUGGUGGUCGACAACACUUUUGCGCCGAUGGUAGUUUCUCCGGCGAGGCUCGGUGCCGACGUCGUAAUUCAUAGUAUCUCCAAGUAUAUCAGCGGCGGCGCCGACAUCAUUGCUGGGGCUGUAUGUGGUCCAGCAAGUCUCCUGAACUCUCUCAUGGAUCUUCACCAAGGAGCUUUCAUGUUACUGGGUCCCACCAUGAACGCGAAGGUUGCAUUUGAGCUGGCGGAAAGAAUCCCUCAUUUGGGUCUCCGGGUAAAAGAGCACUGCCACCGGGCGUUGGUGUACGCCCAAAGGAUGAAGAAGAUGGGACUGAAAGUCAUCUACCCAGGUCUAGAAGACCACCCUGAUCACCAUCUCUUGAAGUCGAUCUCAAACAAAGAUUAUGGAUAUGGCGGGAUGAUCUGUCUGGACAUGGGAACCGAAGCUAAAGCCAACAAGCUGAUGAAUCUGUUGCAGAACUACACCCAGUUUGGGCUCAUGGCUGUUAGUCUCGGCUACUAUGAAACCCUCAUGUCUUGCUCCGGUAGCAGCACAAGCAGUGAACUGAAUGAAGAGGAACAGGCGCUCGCCGGAAUCUCCCCUGGUUUGGUUAGGAUGUCAAUCGGCUACAGUGGUACCCUGGAACAAAGGUGGGGCCAGUUUGAGAAGGCACUUUCGAGACUUCAAGAACCUGGAUUGUUUGGAAAGAACUAGAUUUCUGAUAUGAAUGUAAACAUCUCUGUUCUAAGUUCUGACUUAUGGUUUAAGCUCAGCUCUUAUGGAAACUUGAGUACUUGAUUUUUAAUGCCAUUGCGUUAUAAGAAGCCUCUGGCCCUGCAUUUGUAUAUAUUUUCAGCCGAAGGGUUGCUUAGUUGUAACCCAUUGAUGCUUGGCUUUUAUCAUCAAUAACAUAAGUUUGUUGCUUUAUCUUUUGAUGUGGAAAGCCUUACAACACUUGUUUUAGAAAACAAGCCUAACAGAACUUGAGUACUACUUGAC